GUGGGGCUGGGCGGGCUGGUGCUGAUCGCGGGCUUCCUGGCGUUCAACGGCGGCUCCGUGGGCGGCGUGGCGGCGCCGGGCCAGGGCCAGACGGUGGCGCGCGUGAUGGCGGUGACGGUGAUGGGCGGCGCGGGCGGCGCCCUCACGGUGCUGGCGCUGGGCCGCGCGGGGCUGACCGGCGGCGGCCCGCGCUACCCCUUCGCCCACACGCUCAACGCGGCCUUCGCCGGCAUGCCUGAAAAACUAGUAGCUCUGAGCGGGCAGGGCGGCCGAAACCCAGGAAUUGAUUGGGAAGGUUGUCGUAAGUGCAAACUGCGUUCCAGCGGGAUUCGCAUACCAGCCUAUCGACAUAUUUGUGCUCCGAUGGACGGUGCGGAUAAAGGGCACAACGGGACAGGUGCCCACCUCGAGGAUUUAUUCCCCUGGUGCUACAAGGUGUCGGUGUGCGCGGCGGCGGACGUGCUGGCGCUGUGGGCGGCGCUGGUGGCGGGCGUGGGCGCCGGGGCGCUGUACCUGGCGCUGCGCAGCGUGGUGUGGCGGUGCGGCGUGGACGACCCGCUGGACGUGGUGGCGGUGCACGGCGGCGGCGGCGCCUGGGGGCUGCUUGCGGCCUCGCUCUUCGCCGGGGACGGCUCCGGCGUCGCGCUCAACCCCUCGCCGGAGGCCCUGCAGGCACUGCUGUGGCGCGUGGCCGGCGGCGCGGCCAUCUGCGCGUGGGCGCUCGUCUGCGCGCUGGUGCUGUUCGGCGCGCUGCGCCUGCUGGGCCUGCUGCGCGUGUCGGCCGACGAGGAAUUGCGC